AUGAGAUACCGUACCAAAAGAAGACGCCUCAAUAGCGACGCAAGCCCAAUUCCAGAGACCAUUAUUGAUAAGAGCUCGUGGAAUGGCUUCUGUGAGAUUGAAUCCGAACCAGCUUUCUUCAAUGUUAUGCUACGAGAAUUCGGGGUUGAGGGCGUGAAGGUUCAAGAAGUGGUUUCUCUGGAUAAGGAGAUGAUUGAAUUACUACCUAAACCGGUUUAUGGUGUGAUAUUCCUGUUUCGCUGGCAUGAGGACAAUCCGGAGAAGCAAGAGGCGAGCUGUCCUGACGGCCUGUGGUUUGCUAAUCAGACGGCCGAUAAUGCCUGUGCAAGCGUGGCUCUGCUGAAUAUUGUCAACAACAUCGACAAUAUCUCGCUAGGGGACACUCUUGCCAGCUUCAAGGAAUUCACAAUGCCCUUCACGCCUGCAUUAAGGGGCGAUGCUAUAGCCAACUUUGAGUUCAUUAAGAGGAUUCAUAACUCAUUUGCGCGUUCCAUGGACAUUCUAAACUCUGAUUUAUCGCUCAAGAACGAGGCCACUGCUAGCCGGUCAAACCGCCAAAAUGAUAAUAGUGCCUCCAACGAAGCUGCUUAUCAUUUCAUUGCAUUUGUGCCGGCGCUGGGCCGAGCGUGGAAGUUCGAUGGACUGGAGCGUCAGCCCCAAGAUCUCGCAUCCUGCACUGAUGGCGAUUGGCUUGAACAAGUUCGCUCCCAUCUCGUAACUAGAAUGACAGAGUACGAAGAGGACCAAAUAGAAUUCUCGGUCCUGAGUCUGGUGCGCGAUCCUCUCAGGGAUCUCACUGAGCAAUUAGCUCGGAACGUGAAGAGUUUACAGAGCAUAAAGCACCGGCUAAACGAGUCUCAGAUUGACGACAUAAAGGCAGUCCUGGGCACCCAUGACUUUGAUGGCGUUCUUUUAGAGGCUAAUCUAGCGUUGGGACUUACAGAGCAGUGUCUGAUAGACUUGAAAGUUCCAGAAACUGAGAAUUGUAGCGGCGAUCAUGACCUACCUCAGGAAUAUGUCCGGCUCGCCAACAACCAACAGGGCCUUAGGAGGUCUAUUCUAGAGGAGAUACAGCUUCGUCGCGAUGAAGACGCGUUUGCGGAGGGAAAGAGACAUGAUUAUUCGUCUGCGAUGGAGUACUGGGCUCGGGCAUUGGCUCAUAAGGGUGUUGUCAAGGAGUUACUCAGCUAA